AUGAGCGACCUAACACCCCUCAAGCUCCCGGAGGACCUCCCGUACCCCAUUACUAUCACACGCGUCUCAGUCGAGAAAGGUACAAACGUCCGCCGCGGCGACAGGAUGCUCGAGUACUCCUUUAUGUCAGCGACUCGGCGCAAAGAGCUCGACAAGUUGGCCAAGGAGGGUAAAGAACCGCCGUCCCAGCUGCGCGGGAACGACAUGAUCGGCAGUUGGGAGAGCCCCAUCGAUGGGGAGGUCAAGCGCAAGCCAGUUGUGAGGAUAGAGCAGCCUUGCACCCAUCCUGUGCAGUUCAACGGCAUGUGUGGCAUUUGUGGUGCCAACAUCACCAACGACGACUACCUCUCAAGGCCUUCUAACGAGGCAGGGCCCUCACGCUAUCCUAGCGGUUUUGAGAUGGCACACGACUCGUCAGGUGUCACUGUGUCGGCGAGCGAAGCGAAGCGGCUGGAGACGCAGACGCGUGACGGCCUUCUCAAGGCGAGGAAGCUCUCACUCAUCGUUGAUCUCGACCAGACGAUCAUCCACACAACUGUUGACCCUACUGUGGGGGAGUGGCUGGACGAGUGCGCCGAGGACGCCAAGGCUCAGGCUAAGGCUAAGGCAAGGGACGGCGACGAUGAUACGAAGGGCCCGGACGGCACGCCUAAGGACGGCGAAGAAGCUGAGGUGGUUAUGAAGGACGACAGUGGCCGGCCCGCGGAGGCCUCCACAACACCACCUGGAUCACCCAAACCCAAGCGGGAACCCAACCCCAACGCCGAGGCCUUGAAGGACGUCGCCCGGUUCCAGCUCGCUGAGGACCUCCCCCCAGGCAAGAUUCCGGGCAGGGGCCAACCGCCCUCGCGAUGGUACUACACCAAACCUCGACCCGGGUUACCGGAGUUCCUCGCCGACCUUUCCAAGCUGUACGAGAUGCAUGUCUACACGAUGGGCACACGGACCUACGCCGACGCCAUUUGUCGCAUCAUCGACCCGGACGGCAAGAUAUUUGGCGGGCGAAUUCUCAGCCGCGACGAGAGUGGGAGCAUGAGCUCGAAGAGCUUGAUGCGUUUGUUUCCAACAGACCAGAGCAUGGUCGUCAUCAUCGACGACCGCGCCGACGUCUGGGCUGACAGCCCGAACCUUAUCAAGGUCGUGCCCUACGACUUCUUCGUCGGCAUCGGCGACAUCAACAGUUCCUUCUUACCCCCGGCUCAGCCCACCAUUACCAUGCCUCCCGGGAGGACUCAGCCACCGGUUUCCGAUCGCUCGUCUUCAGCUGCCUCGACACCACCACUUGCCACCCCGAGUGACAUUCCUAGCACAGAGGAUGGCUUAAUGCUCCAGUCUAAGAUUCUUGACCAAAUGACCGAGGCGCGUCCACUCGCCAAGCUCGAGCGUGAGAGCGAGGAGAAUGAUGACGAGUGUAUCGAAGGUCACGAGGGAGAGGGCGAAGCUUCGAACGACAAGGAGCCACUGAAGCCCGAGGAGAAGUCGGAGGAUGGCGAGCAGUCCAACGAGGACAGAGAGAAGCAUGCUCCGCACGUCCUGCAUCUCCGGCACCCGCACCACCGCAAAGCGGUUCUCAAAGAUGACGACGUGGAGCUCGAUCGGGUCGGUGGCAUCCUCCGGGUCAUCCACUCACAGUACUACGAGGCGUACAGCCGGCGCGACCGGACGUCUGAUACUUUGCCAAUGCUGUGCGACACGACGCUCAUCAUCCAGGAGCUCAAGGAUGAAGUCCUCCGUGGAUGCGUGAUCGGGUUCACGGGCGUGAUCCCAAUCCACACACCGCCCGAAGACUACGAGACUUGGAAGGUCGCAGAGGCCUUCGGCGCGCAGUGCGUGAGGGAUCUGGACCCAUCCAUGACUCAUCUCGUGACGGCGAACCUCCAGACCAAGAAGAUGCACGACGCUGGACGGAUACCGGGGCUAAAGAUCGUGUGGCUCGCGUGGCUUCAGUCCUGCGUCGCCCUGUGGAAGCACGAGCCAGAGGGGCCGUUCCUUGCUUCACAUCCAGCAUGGGAAAAGGCUCGCGAGGAGGGGGAACGAGAGCCGUCUCUGCCCAUGGAGGAGGAGAAGGAGGAAGAAAACUCGGACUCGGAUGAGGAGUUCAGACGAAAAGCGAUGGCGUGGGAUGCAGCUGCGGACGCCGAGUUCGAGGAGUUCCUGAACGCGAGCGACGACGGUGACGGUUCGCAAACGGCUGGCGAGGAUGACCGCCAGGACCUGGACGGCUCCAAGUCUCCCGUCUCUGUUAUCGACAACGGCGAAUGGCACUCGUGGUCGCGCGCGUCAACCCCCGGUCCGUCCAUAUUGUCCAGAGCCCCAUCCCCGGGCCGUGACACGUCGCCGGGGCGCGAGACGCCCAAGACGGUCGCGUGGGCUGACGACGAGAAUCAGCCAUUAGAGCGGAUAAGAGAGCCACAGCCUGGCGAGAUCGUGUCCUAUCCGCCGCGCAAGAAGCGCAAGAUCCUCAUGCUCACGGCGCCGAGCGACGACGACGACGUACCCGAGGCAAACAAACUCGAAUUUGGCGGCAAGAUGGACUGGUCCAACGGCGAGUCCUCCAAUGCGGAAGGGGUGUCACGCACCGCGUCGGAGGCUGCUGCCGAUUCCGAUGAUGAAGAUAGUUCUGCCGCCCUAGCGCGCCUCGCGAUUGCGUGA